AUGAACAAGAUUAUACAAAAAAGGAAAACUUCAAAUUUGAUAUUAUUUAGUAUAAUACUUUUUAUAUUAACUUCUCAGGUAUAUUCUUUAUAUUAUACGUAUACAAAGGGCAAUGAAAUAUUAUAUAAUCUUUAUUUUGAUCCCUCCAAUCAUUUAGAGGGUGACUGUAUAACAAAAGAGGCACAAACAUAUUAUUCCUAUUUUGGUAGGAGAAAUAAAAAUUAUCAAAGUAGUUUUAUACGACAAAAAUGUGUAGUUUGGGAGAAUGCAAGAAUUGUUUUUACAAAUAAAAUGAAAUUUUAUAAAAAUUCAAAGAAAGAAUCAGAUAAAGAAAAAGUAAAGAAUUUGAAUUUACCAGAAGUUGAAUGGGGAAGUAGUGGUUAUUGGAAACAUAGUGAAUGUAGAAAUGUAAGAUUACCAAAAAAUCAUCCAUAUUAUAAGGCAAAAGGUGUAUGGGAUGAGAGUAAAAAAGUUACACAUUCAUUUCAAAGAAGAAAUGGAAAUGAGAAAUAUCGAGCUGGUUGGAAUUUCGGUCCCUGGUGUUAUGUACUUAUAAGUUCUCCUUCCUUAAGGGGCCAAUUGUUAAAAGAAAAACAAGAUCAUAGUUGGUACCUUAAUACAACUCUUAAUACAGAUUUGUAUCCAAUGGCUUGUUUUCCCAUUUGUAUGGGAAAAGGAGAAAAACGAAUUUCUAAUUUUGGUUUAAAAAAACAAAAAACAAAUAUGAUAUUUAAUAGGAGGGCUAUAAAUAAUAUUAAUAGACAUUUUUUCAAAACAUUUUAUUAUGGAAUGAUGCAAUAUUAUCGGAGAACAUCCGACCGUAUACAUGCAUCAGAUGAUUUCAUAAUGUUUUACAAAACAUCAAUACUUGAUAUAUAUGAAGAAAAACUUGAUAAAGGUGACAAUUCAGAAAAACAAAUUGACAAUUUAGAUUAUUUUUUCGAUUUUCAAAAAGACGAAAAUGUGGAGAAGGCAAAAGAAAACUUACGAGAAAUAUUAUUAAAAUGUCAAGGGAUACAAAUUAAAAGACUAACUAAAUUAGCAAAUGAAGAUACUUAA